UGUAGGCGGUGCCCCAACGCCGACAACAGGAAGUUAAGACAACAGUAACGACUUGUUUGGAAACUUUUACGUCCAAAGGCAGGUUAUACUCGCAUUUUAAAAAUAAAAUUCUAAUGAAACACUUAGGUUACAAGUGGAUUCUACCACACUGCAUAUGGUUUGGAGCAAUAUGACGAUGCAAGCUGUUUCCAACAUCACCCGUGUUUGUUUACAUGGUGAAGCAGGUGACGAGCUAACGUUAGCCACAUAGCUCUUUAAAACCGAGUCAUAUGAGCAGCUGAUUUAUGGUCAUGCAUGAGAGUUAACUGCGUUCGACCGUGUAACUUACAUAACAAGUGAUAAACGGCUCUUUAAUAUUGAACUCCAGAGCAGGAUAACAAGACAAAAACACGAGUCAUGUGUUUGUUUGAGCGUUAACAGCGUAUUCUAGGCGGGUUCACUUGUUUUUGUUCCUUGAGCUUCAGGCCAGAUAUACGGCCUCAACGUCGUCCUGAUGUGCAACAUACCUUGUUCUUGUGGGAACUGGAGAAGAUGGAUUCGACCGCUGGUCGUUGUCCUCUACAUUCUCCUGUUGUUAGUCGUCCUGCCAUUGUGCAUCUGGGAACUGCAGAAGUCACAGGUUGGAACACAUAAUAAAGCCUGGUUUAUAGCUGGUAUCUUCGUCUUCAUGACAAUACCCAUAUCAUUAUGGGGCAUUCUUCAGCAUCUAGUUCACUACACCCAGCCUGAGCUCCAGAAACCCAUCAUCAGAAUACUAUGGAUGGUUCCCAUCUACAGCUUGGACAGUUGGAUUGCCCUCAAAUACCCUGGCAUAGCAAUUUAUGUGGACACAUGCAGAGAGUGCUACGAAGCCUUUGUCAUCUACAACUUUAUGACCUUUUUGCUUAAUUACCUGGAGAAUCAAUAUCCAAGCCUGGUGUUAAUGAUGGAGGUGCAGGAGCAACAACAACACCUGCCCCCGCUUUGCUGCUGCCCACCCUGGCCGAUGGGAGAGGUUUUACUGUUGAGAUGUAAACUGGGAGUACUGCAGUACACUGUUGUGAGACCCGUGACAACUGUAAUUGCCAUGAUCUGUCAGCUGUGUAACGUGUACGAUGAAGGAAAUUUCAGUUCAACAAAUGCAUGGACCUACCUGGUUAUCUUCAACAAUAUGUCACAGCUGUUUGCCAUGUACUGCCUGGUGCUGUUCUACAGAGCGCUGAGGGAGGAACUGAGUCCAAUUAAGCCAGUGGGAAAAUUCCUUUGUGUUAAAAUGGUGGUGUUUGUAUCUUUCUGGCAAGCUGUGUUCAUUGCGUUGCUGGUGAAAGUGGGAGUCAUUUCUGAUAAACAUACAUGGGACUGGAAAACAGUGGAAGCUGUGGCCACUGGAUUACAGGAUUUCAUCAUAUGUGUGGAGAUGUUCCUGGCAGCGAUUGCUCAUCACUUCAGUUUCACCUACAAGCCCUACAUCCAGGAGGCAGAGGAGGGUUCCUGCUUUGACUCCUUUAUGGCCAUGUGGGACAUCUCCGAUGUCAGAGCGGACAUUUCUGAACAAGUGCGCAAUGUUGGGAGAACAGUGAUGGGCCGGCCUAGGAAGUCUUACUUUGGUGAGAACGAUUGCGAGCGAUCCGGAUUGCUGUCGUCGGGUUCCCAGGAUGCAAUCGCCGAGGCAGGAUCCAACUACCAGGGCCUGGGAAGAACCGUGACGCCGCACUCUUUGUCAGCACCUGCUGGGCUGGACUCGGCCCUGUGGGACGAAGGGUAUGAGGCGAGACCAGAAGAAAGCCAGGAAGAAGAAGAAGAAGAGAGGCACGACCAACCCACGGAACCAGCUGAUGCAGAUCUAAUAGUCAUCAAUUAGCCCCCCCACCCACCCACCCAGGCUGGUGUUGCCUAAUGACUCUACUAGAACAUGACUGGGCAGGAUCCAAGCGUAGCCUUGCUGAUUUGCUUGAAAAAUAACAUUACAAUAUACAGUACAUAUCUAGUGUUUAAAGGGUACAUGCACAAAGUAUUUGUAGAUAUUUGCCAGAUGAACUUCUCUGCCAACGGAGUCUCCAUGUUUUCUCACUGACAUGUAGAUACCAGUCCAUCGAUCCAGUUUACACAUUCACAGCAUAUUGCCCAGCAGGCUGCAUCAGAACUUUUAUUUUAUCAGUUUCAUACUGUAGGUGGGACAAACUUUGGGACCAGAUUUAACAGGUCUGUUGUUGUGUAGACAGGUGAGAGUUCACCCAGAAAAACUGAAACUACUUCUUCAUGUACAUGACAUUCUAUACGCAUCUUUUAAGUCACAAUGUGUUGCUUUUUAUCAUUUCUAAUGCAUUUUAGACCUAGCCGUGUCAUAUGUUGUUUUAUAAGCUGAAGACGCAGACGUACAACAAACGCAGAAGACCAAAGGAGACGGAGUGAAUGAGUGGACAGGCGUUUUCAUACAUCACUCAGAAACUGCUCUUUUUCCUUUAGUGGAAAUUCAUGGAUUCUUCUAUAACAUCGAGACACUUUUAUUUUCAUUUUUAUGCUAAUCCUCUGUGGGAGUCUGUGUUGGAACUGAGGAAAGAAAAAGAGCAGACUCAGUGAGAUGAACCGUGAGGAAGAGUUGCAGUGCACAGCAGAAAUGAGUACACACCAAAACAAAUAAAGUACUGUGUUGUUGUUCUUGUUGAGUAAACACGAGAGGAAGUGGAGAAACUGGAAAAAUUAUUUAAUUUAUAACACUGACACCUGAUAUUCUCCCAGAAAAAUAAAAAAAUACAGGGAUUUUGUUUUUCUUCUCCCACUGUGGCACAAAUAAUCCCUUGUCCCCAAAGGGGGCCCACACCUCACUUUGGGAACCACUGUUUUAUACUGACAUGCAAAACAGCCAAAACAAUAUUCUGCAAAAAAAAA